AUGCUUAUUUUGGGUCUAACUGGAGGAAUUGCUACUGGAAAAUCUAUCGCCAGUCAAUAUUUUCAUUUACAAGGUAUUCCAAUAAUUGAUGCUGAUCGAAUCGCACGUCAAGUUGUUCAACCUGGUUUACCAGCUUACAAAAAAGUUUUGAAGAAAUUUGGUCAUCUAAAUAUUAUUGAUAAUACGAGUAAAAUGAUUGAUCGAAAACGUUUGGGUGAUAUUAUAUUUAGUGAUGAAAAUUUACGUCGACAAUUAAAUCAAUGUACACAUAGUUAUAUUCGUCGUGAGAGUUUAAAACAAUUAUUAUAUUUUUUUUUUUGUGGAUAUUCGAUAAUUGUCUGGGAUAUUCCAUUAUUAUUUGAAGUAGGUUUAAAUCGUUAUCUAUCCAAUACUGUUGUCAUUUAUUGUGAUGAAAAUACACAAAAACAACGAUUAAAACAGCGUGAUCAACUAAAUGAUGAACAAGCAACAAAACGUAUAAAAGCACAAUUAAAUUUAGAUAAAAAAUGUCAAUUAGCAAAAUAUCGUAUUGACAAUAGUAAUAGCGAAGAUAUGACACAUACCCAGUUAGAAAAUUUACUAUCGACUAUUUUACCAUCAAAACUAAUAACGACGUUCUGGUAUAUUCUACUAUUUAUACCAGCAGUUCUACUUAGAUGUGUACUCACCAUAUGGGACAUAUUUGACAAAAUAAAAUCAUAG